AAGCGGCAGCGGAAGAGGCCAGAUUGAACUUAAGCUACCUUCCCAGCUUCAUGCGCAACAUAUAAUCAACCUCCCCGAACACCGGUCUUCUUUCCUCCUCAUUUUCUCUCGCCCUCAUCUCUUCUAUCGGCUAGUUUGUGGUACGCUUUUAGCUUGACAUUCUUUUCCCCUUAAACCUCUCCGGAGGCCCAUUGUUGGACACAUUUGCUUAUUUGUUUGUUUCCUAAAGCUACGACCGAGUCGGGCUUCUUACUUUCAUCAUGCGUAUCAACGCAGCUGUUGCCUCCGCUUUGGUCUCCUCGGCCACUCUCAUGGGCUACGCUCAUGCUGAGGAAGCUGAGAAGAACCCCGAUGCUACUUCCGUUGUAGAGAAGCCAACUUUCACUCCGACCACCCUCAAAGCUCCCUUCCUCGAGCAAUUCACCGAUGACUGGGAAUCUCGGUGGACGCCGUCUCAUGCGAAGAAGGAUGACUCCAAGACGGAAGAGGACUGGGCCUAUGUCGGUGAAUGGUCUGUUGAGGAACCCACUGUCUUCAAAGGCAUCGACGGAGACAAGGGUCUCGUCGUGAAGAAUCCUGCCGCCCACCACGCCAUCUCGGCGAAAUUCCCCAAGAAGAUCGAUAACAAGGGCAAGACCUUGGUUGUCCAGUACGAGGUCAAGCCACAGAACUCCCUUGUGUGCGGUGGCGCCUACCUCAAGCUCCUUCAAGAGAACAAGAAGCUUCACGCCGAGGAGUUCUCUAAUGCCACUCCCUACGUGAUCAUGUUCGGCCCCGACAAGUGCGGUGCUACUAACAAGGUUCACUUCAUCUUCCGCCACAAGAACCCCAAGACUGGCGAGUAUGAAGAGAAGCAUCUCAAAGCGCCACCUGCCGCUCGCACCAACAAGGUCACUUCCUUGUACACCCUGAUUGUCCGUCCCGACCAGACUUUCCAGAUCCUUAUUGAUGGGGAGUCUGUCAAGGAAGGCACCCUGCUCGAGGAUUUCAACCCUCCUGUCAAUCCGGAGAAGGAGAUCGAUGACCCGAAGGAUAAGAAGCCCGCCGACUGGGUUGAUGAUGUCAAGAUCCCCGACCCUGAGGCCACAAAGCCCGAGGAUUGGGAUGAGGAGGCCCCCUUCGAGAUUGUUGACGAGGAAGCCACCAAGCCUGAGGACUGGCUCGAGGAGGAGCCUGAAACCAUUCCCGACCCCGAGGCUGAGAAGCCAGAGGACUGGGAUGAUGAGGAGGAUGGUGACUGGAUCCCUCCCACUGUUCCUAACCCCAAGUGCAGUGAUGUCUCUGGAUGUGGCCCCUGGUCUGCCCCGAUGAAGAAGAACCCUGCCUACAAGGGCAAGUGGACUGCUCCUAUGAUUGACAACCCCGCCUACAAGGGCCCCUGGGCUCCCCGCAAGAUCGCCAACCCGGCCUACUUUGAGGAUAAGGCUCCUGCCAACUUCGAGCCUAUGGGCGCUAUUGGCUUUGAGAUCUGGACCAUGCAGAACGACAUCCUGUUCGACAACAUCUACAUUGGUCACUCCCCCGAGGAUGCCGAGAAGCUCCGCCGGGAGACAUUUGAUGUCAAGCACCCUGUUGAAGUGGCCGAGGAGGAGGCCUCCAAGCCCAAGAAGGAGGAGACUGCCCCCGCCACCAGCGUCAGCUUCAAGGAAGACCCUGUCACUUUCAUCCGCGAGAAGGUUGACCGCUUCGUUGGCCUUGCCAAGGCAGAUCCCGUUAACGCCGUGAAGCAAGCUCCCGAAGUCGCCGGUACUUUGGGAGCCCUGCUUCUGUCCAUGGUCCUCAUCAUUGUGGGCGCCAUCAAGGCCAGCAGCCCAGCACCUGCUCCUGCCGCCAAGAAGGGCAAGGAGGCCGCAGGUGCUGCCAAGGAGAAGGCCAGCGAGGCUGUCAGCAGCGCCGCGGAUACGGGCAAGGGCGGCGCUACCAAGCGUAACACUCGUUCGUCUGCGCAGUAAACCAUAUGCCAUUAUACCCAAAAGAGUGAAGUCGAGUGUAGGAAGAGACAAAUAAACUUAAACCAGAUUUUCAAAUUCGAUAUCAUGACGUGUAUUGCGCGGUCAAUCAAUGGUCUCCUAUAGUCAAGGUUGAGGGACUGCUGCCAUUCUUGAUGAGAUAUGAGAGCAUACAGAUAGGGAGGGAACUGUUUCUGAAGCUUGUAAAGUAGCGUUUGAUAUUUGCCUUGAAAACCCGUCCUACGGCUGCCUUUUAAAUCGUCUGCGCCGUAUCAUUGUCACCUGAAUUAGGAAUUGAUUGAUUGGCUUUCUGCCUCAGU